CAAAUACAAUAUAAACAUAUAAAAUGUGGCGAUACGUUAAAAUACAGCUCUUAAUAUCGUAUGUGUUUAUAGCUUACAAUCGCACGAUUUCACUUGUUUUCACGUGACCGCUAAAGUUGAGAUUCGAGGUUAAGCGGCAAACCACUUAAAUCAUUAAUUUGUUUCAGAUAGGUUAUUACAAGUUUGGUCUAUUAUUGGAAGAUGGGAAGGAAACAAGUCCGAGUGCUAUUAGCACCCUGCUGAUAUUGUAUAAGCCUGCAAUAUUGUUGAUGGAGCCUGGAUAAUCCUACGCCUUACUAUAGACCAAUCAGCGAAGAACUUAACCUUAGUAAUCAUAUUUCCAUCAGGGAAAAUCUGCAGGGUAGUCUAAUUGAAUGAGAUUCUUUGGAAGCAAUAUUGUCUCAUAGUGUUAAUAAAAAUAUGCCUUUAUUUUUACAUCGUUGGCGCCCGGACACGAAAAUUAAAGCUGCGUCGCCCGAUAAUCUACAAGUAGAUACACGUAUCGUAUUAACCGAUGGAAUACCGAAAGUUCUAGGGUAAACAAAAUCCCUUAAAUUCAAAUCAUCGUUAGGGAUUACAAGUUUAAAUCGCAAUUAUGUGUAUGGGCAUGAACAAACUUGUGCUUUGGACACGCAUGUGUGUGAGUAAAUCACCCUUAGUGUGUACAUCAUUUACGAGUCCAAAAAUGCUACUUUCCUGCUUCCACUCGCGAGUUGUUGUAAUAGGUGUAUAUGUGUGAGUGAGUCGGGGCGUACAGACGAGCUCGCGAGCUCGAUGCGGCUGUGUGCGUGGACGGUCCGGGCCGUUGUAGCCCCCGCCAGUAGCGAGCCGCCCGUAGCGGCACCGUGACGCGCUACGCCGUAGCAAAGACGAUCGCACAUUGUGUUCCGCCUACGUUAUCGGACAAUAGCGCCGGCGACGAUUCGUGGCGUUUUGUUAUUUUUUGUUAGAUGUGAAUAAAAGGGACCCUUUGUGAAUGUCACUCAUAAAAAGCGUAGACGGUACGUUAAAAGAUGACGUCCUUUGUUCACGAAACAGACAGUUUUGUAAAGACUUAAUUUUUGAACAUUGAUGUAUUAAUGAUACAAAUGACUGAGGGACGGCUGUGAGCGGGAUGUUGUACUCGUAGAGCCGCAGUGUGUUUAAUGAACUAAUAUCUGACAUGGUGUAAUAUCCAUGUGACGUUUGCUUGUGUUAGUGGCCGUAAUUAAUAACAGACGAUUGAAUUGCGAGUGCCAACAUGGAAUUUCUGUUUCCAGUAAUUCAGUUUCAACUGUGAGGUACAAAAAUGAUCACCCAACAACUCAGCAGAAAAAUGUUGUGACAAACACAGGACCUGGAUGAGAAGGAGCCAAAGAUGUGUCGCCUAAAGAAUUUCCAAGACGUAAUCAAUAACAGAACAUUCCUAUUCAUCUUAGUACUAUUAUCUCUAAAACUGUGCAGUCCUCAAGACUUGAACGAGGAAUUUGUGAAUGAGGACAGUUUAGACAUAAUUUCCGACAUUAUGGUUGUACCUGUGAAAAGUGUGAAGUUUCCUAGAAACGCGCAGAAUCCUUGCAGGCUGAGCGAGCUCCUGUGUGAUACGGGACAGUGUAUAUCGCUGGACAAGUAUUGUAAUGGAGAGGACGACUGUGGAGACAAAAGCGACGAGCCCAAGUCUUGUACACCUUGCAAUAGGACGUACAUGGGCGACGUGGGUCGUACCUACGAGCUGGAAGUGCGGCGGCCGCGCGAGGACCACCUGCCUUUCGUGUGCCAUCUCAACUUCACCGCCACCGGGGGGAACUAUGGGGAUAUCAUACAGUUAACAUUUGACACAUUCACCGUGGGCAAGUUCGUCUCUUUUACAUCCGACGGCUGCCCUGAUGGUCACAUGACCAUCGUCGAGAGGAGCCCCUCCCCUCCGACCGGACAGUGGUGCGGCUCAGCAUGGGGCUACACCGUCUACUUCAGCGAAUCAGACUCCAUUAAUAUGACCCUGAGACUUGACCGGCUCAGCCAACAGGGCGUUGGAUACAAUUUCGACUUCAAGUUAGCUUACAAGUUUCUAAGACGGAGUGAAGCGCGGUUGCGGUACGGGAACGCAACUGUGGGGGCCUGGAGGGGGGAGCGGGUCCCGGGGACCUACUGCGACCGCAUACUGAGCGACUGCGACCUGCGGGCCUGCCGCAUCCAGUCACCCAACUUCCCGGGGGUGUACCCGCGAAACGCCACCUGUACAUACCGCAUCGAACAUACCAAGAUACCGUCGGAUAAGCAUGUUUUACUAGCAGUAAGACAAACAAACAGUCAUAAAAUACAUAUCAAAGACCAAAUAGUCAAAUAUGAUAGAAGUCAGAGGGUUUUAAAAAUUUGGGACCAGUGCAAUGUUGUUCAGGACUACCUAACAGUGUGGGACGGCCCCACUCGAGAGUCUCCCGUUUUGGUCAGACUGUGUGGAGGUGACGCUGUACCUGAUAUAGUCAGCCGCGGGCCUAACAUGCUAUUGGAGUUCCAUACAUCACCAUAUGACAAUCCUUUUCAUCCUGUGCCAUUGAGCUAUUUGCCAGGAUUUGAACUCGAAGUUCAGGUGCUGUACGUGGACAAAGAUUCACAUUCGUACGUGCGUUUAGACGGUCGGUGCCGCUUUGUACUUCGAUCCUCAGACAAAACUAGCGGAGUGCUGAGAAAUCCUCGACAUUCACUGCCGCCGAAUACUUCGUGCGUCUACUAUUUUCAAGGUCGACCCAACGAGAUCGUGUGGGUGUCCUUCGUGAAGUACCAUUCAGCAGGCACUGAACCUGCAGGAUUUGACCAGCAGAAAGACUGUUCCUCGCAGCUGACCAUUUGGGAUGGGGCUGCGCCUGAUGCCGAUCUUGAGAGAAAGCUGGACAUGGCGGACAAGCGUUCGUUGCUGGGGUCGUUCUGUCGCGAGGAGUCGCCACGACUUUGCGACCACGCUCUUUUGUCAAACGCAACACGGGCCACUCGGCCUUGUGCUCCGUCUGAGAGCUACAUAACUACGGGCCCGGCACUUACUAUCCUACAGGAACUCCGUCAAGGAUCGGCGUUGUACCCCGUCUCGUUUCUACUCCGGUAUGAAUUCGUGGAUGUGAGCGAGCAAGGGCAGCCGCUGGUCGAUUCUCAGUCAGCCUGCGACAGAAUUUUCAAAUCCGCUCAGACUUAUUCGGGAAGAUUUCAAUCUCCGAGAGCUAUUUUCUAUUACGGGCGAGGCGGUGCACAGAAUCUCACUUGUAUCUUAAGAUUUGAAGCAAAACCCGGAGAAAGAAUACAAUUAACUUUUACUAGUAGUUACUUCGGGAACAAACAAUGUAGUACAUACAAAGAUUCCCGAGCAGCCCGCUGGAAAUGUGAUAGGCCUGCGAAAAGAACAAUCGGAGGUGAAGGCUUCGCUCAGAUUAUUAUUACCGAAUAUCCUUGGGCAGGAGUGCCUAUUCAAAGAGAUUGUCUUUGUACAAAUCGAUCUGAACCCUUAACUAUUCAUACUUUGACUGCUCCAGUUGUAGAAAUUAACUUUACCGUGACAAUGAUGAAUAUCACAGAAGAUUACGACGAUUUUACUUUUGAGGGUGAAUACAAAUUUAUUCCUAGUGGACCUGGCGAUGAAACAGUAUGUUCAUCCGGCUGGGGAGAAAGAAAAUUAAGAGGAAGCAGUGGAGAAAUAAGAUUAUUCGAUAAAAGACAAACUCCAUCAGCGCCAGAAAUAGUUGGGGAUAGGCACGUUAUAUCAGAAAGCGUUAGAGCAGAAGUGUCAUGUGUUCAUAGGCCUUGGCUAAUAGAACCAGGCGGAGAUGAAGUGACUCCUGUACAAGGAAGAUAUUUAUACGUUAAAGUACCAGGGUUUGAGGUGACGAUAGCCAAGACAUUUUGUCGUACUCCUAAUAGACUCUUUAUUUAUGAGGCCCGGGACACUUCGCAACCGCGCGAAGUGUGUCCCGAUGGGCCGAACUUCAUUGAAUUGUUUUCACCUGGAUGGAAGUCAGCUCAAACACCUUUGGAAACAUCGCUGAAACCACAUGCUCGAAGCUAUGUUAUUGAUUUUCUGCAACAUGAGCCAGCAGAUUAUUCAAUUAAAUGGAUAGAGAUCAUGAAACAGCCAUUAUUCGAGCACGAUCCCGAUUCAAAUAUUAUGCCUAGUUCUGUCACAUUGGAUUGCCGAUACAACUGUCCGGAGCUCAACGCUUGCAUUCCUUCAACUUUAUGGUGCGAUGGCAAUCCUCAUUGCCCAUCAGGGUACGACGAAGAUGAUUCAAACUGUUCAUUCCGAAUAUCCUUGCCACCACCGUACAUAGCCGCGGCCGCCGGCGUCGGUCUUCUGCUUUGUGCUAUCACAGUAGCAUUAUGUGCAUGCCGAAGGCGUCGAAGAAAAGACAACGAGUUUAAAGCUCGGUUAGACGGCGCGUUACCUCCAGAAGAAAGACCUUACGAUCGCGCUAAAACCAACGGCGUUCCUGAAGCUACGCGCCAAUACGCGACAGUGCAGAAAUACGCAACUAUAGAUAAGUAUAGCUUGAGUCAGAAGUAUUGUGCGGGGUUAAACGACGCGAGAUAUUACGACGAGGUAGCACAAAGGGAUAAGCUUGCAGAUACAAGGUACGCUAGUUUAGGUCGCGCCGGGCGAGGCAUGCGUGUCGACAACGCGAGAGGCAACGGCGGCACGGGCUCGAGGCGGGCUAUGCCCGACCUAGGGUAUCCCGAUCUCAAGGAUGGCUUCUGUUGACCCUCCCCCGAUCUAAUAGAAACUACUGUAUAGUGCGAAUACCAGAUUUUGUUUAGAAAAUGGAUGUGUUUGUGUAAAAUUAGAGUGAAGACUGAUUUGGCCAAAGUGCCUCUUUAAUACUUGGCGAAACUUUAAAGAAAAUUGAUCACUAGUACUAUUGGAAUCCCCCUAAAAUAAAAUAAAAUGUUCUUUUUACAUGACAUGUAAUCUAUUUGUAUAAUUCUAGUAAUAUAAUAAUAUUCAUAAAGUGUAAAUAAUCCUUAACUGAUUGCCAUACAAUUGUGUUAUUUAACUGACAUGUUUCAUGCAAAUAUAUUAGUAAUUAUAAAUUGUGCAAUAGUAUUUACUAAUAAAUAAAUUUAUGCCACAUAAGUUUCACUAUAAGUCAAAUCUUAACAACUGUUGUUUAUUUUAAUUUGAACAUCCUAUAGAAUUGUGUACCCAAAUAACAUAUCUAAAUGUAUAUAAAAAGCUUGACAAUACAAUUUUAAGAUACAAUUUAAACAGUGUAUUGUAUUGAAAAGUAACUAGGUAUGUCAGAGAAAAAUGAGUGAAAGAAUAUCGUGUGUAAAAAGAAUAAAAAAGGAACAUUUUAAAAUAUAAUCACGUCAUAACUUUUAACCUUAAACCGAGGUAACGUUCAUUAUUUUUUUUAAUUUUCAUUUUUCUCUAUGUUUCACCUUCUAUGGUUAUAAACUUUUUGUUUUCUCAAGUACAAUCUUUCAAUAUUCUAUUUCUUUUUUAAUAGUAAUUUAGUUUUUAUCGCCUUUUUACGGAAAAUAUAUAGUAAAGUUAUGAUUGGGCUUGUACUUUGUGCAGAGUUUUAUUUUGGAAUAAAACUCGAAUGUGAAUAACUCAUAAUGAUUCCGAGUACCUUUUUCCAUUUAGCAUUACUAAAAAUUGAACAGGAAAUAUGGUAAAACUGAUAAAUUUCGAAAUCAAUCAUAAAAUCAAUUUUAUAUUAAUGUGAUCCCACGGAUAUAUGACAAAAACACAAGAGACGUGGACAAAGUAACCUCAAUUUAAGUUAUUUUCAAUAAAACCUGCACCUUACUGAAUAAUAGAAUCAAAUGGGUUGCAUAAGUACUAUAGACAAAUAACCUUUCGUUAAAUAUUUUUGGGUUAAAUAAGCAUAGACCAGAAGACCCGAAUAUAGAUAAUUCAAUAGCUUUCAUAAUAUUAUUUUGUGAAUAAUUUCGCUACGUGAAUGCAGAAAAGCUUUAGAACUCGUGUAUAAUACAUAAUGCUCACUUUGAAAAAGUUACUGCUUUGGUUAAAUCAUUUUGUGUUUGAUAAAAUGAACUAGUUAAUUUACGGAACUUUAAACCCAAAAAAACCGUAUUUUAAUUGCCACUGCUUAAACUCUGCUAUUAUUCAGUUAUUAUUUAUGAUGGCCAUUGUUUGAACAGAAAAUAAAUGUUACUAACUCAUAAACUAGUAUUAGCGUUACUCAGGUAUUUGGAGAGCAUCACAGGAGUGACUGUGUUGUUACUGUAAUAAAUAAAAUAUAAAAUGAAAUGUGAUAUAGAAUGUAAAAAUGUUAGAUAAGCGUUCACGAACUGUAUAACUUAAUGUUAAGAUAAAUAUUUUCCCGUGUACAAUAUAGUGGUAACAUUAAGUAACAAAACAAUUGUGAAUAAAUUAUCAAGUAAGAUUUUUAAAAGUCUGUACUUAUUUCACGGUAAAAGGAAAAUUAAAGUCAUUUCUAAAAAUUACAA